AUGGCACCCAUUCCCACGUCCACCUCCUCCUUCAAAACACACCGCGCCCCAACCCUCCCUCCCCCCGCCGAAAUCCGAGCCCUCAACAUCGCAACCAACAAACCCUCCGCCACAAGCUUCAACUGUCCACCACCAGUCCUAAUCCCAUCAUCGGGUCUGGCUGUCAAGUAUGGCGCAGAUGUAACCCUCAUUGAAGUCGAGACUCAGAUAAUGAUUCGCGAGAGACUACAAGGCCGCGUACCUGUUCCUGAAGUCUUUGGGUGGGAGGAGGAUGGGGAGCAGGGGUUUCUUUAUAUGGAGCUUGUUGAGGGGGAUUCGUUAAUGGAGAGGUGGAGUGGGUUGAGUGAGGAUGAGAUAAGGGGGGUCUGUGGGGAGCUUAGGGGUAUGAUGGAGUUGGUUAGGGGCUUGGAGCAGGAUGAUGGGCCUUAUAUUGGCAGUCUAAACAACCAACCCCUAAAAGACCUCUUCCUCACACACAACCCAACCAUCAACGGCCCCUACCAAGGCCCCAACGCCAUCGACCAAUUCCAAGAAACCUGCGGCCUCUGGAUCACCACCACCAACACCAACCAAAAUCCCAUCGCCUUCACACACAACGACCUCCUCCCACCCAACAUCCUCAUAUCACCCAGCCCAAACCCCAAAGUCACUGCUAUCGUCGACUGGGCGCAGGCUGGUUGGUACCCUGCUUAUUGGGAGUACUGCAAGGCGCGGUAUAUUAGGGUGAAUCCAAGGUAUAUUAGUGAUGCUGCGAUUGCGGAGUGGAGGACGAAGUAUUUGCCGUUGAUUGUGGAUUCGGUGGAUGAGGAAGGGGGGUAUCAUGCUUGGCUUUAUUUUGCUCUGUCGAAGGGGCCUUAG